AUGCCAUCUGCAGUCGAAACUCCGCAGUACGCCCAUCCAGUGGCCUUCGAAGCUCUGGACCAAGAUCAACUCAGUAGCACGCAUGCAAAGGAGGCAGCCGUUGAAAGGGACCUGGAUGUUGUCCCAUCGAAGAAUAGAAUCGUACCCGGUUCUUACAACAUUCCCAUCGGCGUCUUCCCGCCCUUGGCUUGGUCAUUCCCUGACGCCGACGUGGUCGCGUUCAAGCUGGUGCAGAGGCUGAAUAAAGCUUUGAAAGAAGGAGAUGUUUCAGCGAUAGCACUUGUUUUCCACGAGAACAGUUACUGGCGCGACCAUCUAUGUCUCACCUGGGACUUGCGCACGAUGAAGGGGCAUGAUAAGAUAGCCCAUUUCGUUGCAAACAGUCCGAAUUUGGACUGUGUAUCGAUCGAGGUAGACAUCUCGACCCAGCUUCGUGCGCCCAAGCAUGGUCCAAUUGACGGACUAUACGGCCCAGCCUCGAGUGCUUCAGGCAUCGAGUUCUUUGUGAAAGUGUCAACGAAGGCUGGCGCUGGCCGAGGCGUCGCCAAGUUGGCCGAGAUUCAGGGCCAGUGGAAGUUCUUUACGCUUUUCACGACCCUCGAGAAGCUGCAUGGCCAUGAGGAACUACUGAACGAGCGUCGUCCGAAUGGUGCCGAGCACGGAGAAAAGCUUGAACGACAGAACUGGCAAGAUAAACGCCAGGCCGCUAUCGAUUUCUGGGAGCGUGAGCCUGCCGUGCUUAUCGUGGGCGCUGGCCAAAGCGGACUGACAACAGCCGCGAGACUAAAGGCUCUCAAUGUCGACACUCUGGUCAUCGACCGCGAAGAUCAUGUCGGGGACAAUUGGCGCCGACGGUACCGCCAUCUUGUUCUUCAUGAUCCAGUGUGUCUAAAUCACAUGCCGUACCUGAAAUUCCCCGCCCAAUGGCCCAAGUUCACGCCAAAGGACAAGCUGGCGGAAUUCUUCGAAGCUUAUGUGUCUCUCUUGGAACUGAAUGUGUGGGUCAAGACAAGAGUUGUAUCAAGCACAUGGAAUGACAGCAGACAAGAAUGGACCGUGGUCUUGCAGCGGACACGGGCAGACGGCACCUCUGAGACACGCACGAUCCAUCCAGCCCACAUCAUCCAAGCAACCGGGCACGCAGGCCCGAAAAACAUGCCUUCCAUCAAGGGCAUGGAAUCAUUUAAAGGCAACAUGGCUCAUAGCACCGAAUUUGCAAGUGCUGCUCCAAAUGGCCAGGGCAAAAAGGCUGUAGUAGUCGGUUCAAGCAAUUCCGCCCACGAUAUCGCCCAGGAUUACUACGAGCAGGGCUACGAUGUUACAAUGAUCCAGCGAAGCUCGACCCUGGUUAUCUCAUCCAAGUUUAGGAACACGGUGGGAGUCAAGGGCCUUUUCACAGAGGAUGGACCGCCAACCGAGGAUGCGGACCUGCUGGUAUGGAGCUUGCCGAUGGAGCUUUUCAAAGCCCAGCAGAAGAAGGUGUGCGAGUUGCAGAAUAAGUUUGAUGCCGAACUUCUGGAAGGCUUAGCCCGGGUCGGGUUCAACUUGGAUCGUGGGGUGGACGAUACCGGCUACAUGAUGAAGUACUUGCACCGCGGAGGCGGCUAUUACGUCGACGUGGGUGCAAGUCAGCUCGUGGUGGAUGGGAAGAUCAAACUGAAACAGGGCACAGAGAUUGCUGAGAUCUUUCCUCACGAAAUUCUCUUUUCGGAUGGUAGUCGGUUGCCAGCUGAUGAGAUUGUGUUUGCCACAGGCUUCCAGAACAUGCGGACACAGACGCGGGUCAUCUUCGGCGACCAAGUUGCCGAUCGUGUGGAAGAUGUCUGGGGAUUCGACCAAGAAGGCGAGGUUCGAACAAUCUGGAAGCGAACCGGUCAUCCUGGAUUCUGGUAUAUGGGGACAAACUUCGCAUAUUGCCGCUACUUCUCUCGGAUUGUCGCGUUGCAGAUCAAGGCUAUCCAGGAAGGAAUCACGCACUGGUGA